GCUUAACAGAGAUGCUGUCGGGUGUUUCAUGCCGCAUUUAAUGUUUGUGUGGACGUGUGUUGGAUAUGCUUAUGCUGCGAAACAAAUGCAAUUCAUAACUUCCUUAUCGAAAAGGCAAAAAAAACAUCAUAUGGGCUGAUUGGUGGGUUUAUUUAAUAUGGCUGCGAAGUUACUGCUUGCUACGGUAGUAAAUACAUUGGUACGGUAUGUCAUUUUUUAUCUCUGUCAGCUAAGUUAGUUGUAUCUGGACUGAAACGGGAUUAGACAUCUUAAUCGAAGAGUCAACGAUGACACUUUAACGUAUUAGAGUAAUAAUUAGCUAUUUUUCUGCUGGCUGUUUUCGCAGUAUUCCAUUUGCCAGACAGCUAGCGCUGACUAAUUAAUAAAUAUUACUGGAUUGGUAGAAAAGCAGACGUCCCGUAAAUCGCUUGAAAUAUGGACUACGUAUUAUUCGCUGAUAUUGUAUGUUUUAGUAUUUUUUUCUAUAAUACGCAUUAGUUAAAGGAAAUCACAUGGCAUGUAGACGUAAAAUAUAGAAUACCGCAUUUUUUCUACAUGUCAUUCCUAAAAUAUAGCGAAUAUGAUUGGCUCACCUGACCUGGUGGCUUUUACUAAGGAUGAUGCUUUUGGCCAGACAUACGUGGAUCCGUGGUCGAUCCCAGAGGAGUUUUCAGUGCCUCUGUAUAUGCACGAUGGAAAUGCAAACCCGUGGUCAAAGGCAAACUGUGCAAAAUUUUCAAAGGACUUCAUUCUUAUUUCAGAGUUUUCAGAACAGGUUGGUCCACAGCCACUGCUUACGAUACCAGACGACCCCGAGAUUUUUGGCACAUUUGAUCUUAACUAUUUUUCCCUGCGAAUCAUGUCAGUGGAUUACCAAGCCUCUUUUGUGGGACAUCUUCCAGGUUGUGGUUACCCAAAGAUCAAUUUUGUGGAGGAUUCCAAAGUUGUCCUAGGGGAUUCUAAAGAGGGUGCUUUUGCUUACGUCCAUCAUCUAACCCUGUACGACUUGGAGGCCCGUGGCUUUGUCAGGCCUUUCUGCAUGGCUUAUAUUUCAUCUGACGAGAAGAAGAUCAUGCAGCAGUUACAAGAAUUGUCAUCAGAGUUUUCCAAAGCCUCGGAGAGUCUGAAGGCAGGAAACCGUAAAGCUUUCGCGGACGAGUUGGAGAAGAAGUUGAAGGACCUGGAAUACACAAGAGCUGUGUUGCACAAGGAGGCAGAGAGACAGAAAAUGAACGAUGGCUGCUACUCCACUCAGGCGAUCGAGAAAGCGAAUGAGCUGGCCAAUGUAGAGAAGUCUUUUUACGAGCACAAGGACCUUCUGAAGCAGGUGACCUCAUACCCAAACCGGAGAACGAGAAGCUUUGACUUCUUGCUUUCUGAAUCAGACACCCCAGCUGACCUAAUGGAUGUAGACAAGAUACUUGACAGGGUUAGUCCUGACCCUGGGAUGGAAAACAGAAGAGGUGAAUGCAAACUCUCAUACACCCCACAACUCAUAAAGGCCAAACCCGCAAAGUGUUUCGAUAAGCGAUUAAAAACACUCGAAGAACUUUGCGAUAUAUAUUUCUUCCAUCAGACAAUGGACCAGCUAAGACUUAUUGAGGAUAUUUUCAGGGGAGACUUGUGCUAUAUAUAUAACAGACAAAUUGACGAGUUCCUUCUGAAGAAACAGAAAACUUCGAACUUCCUCUUUGAGGAGAAAGAUGACUGGCAGAAAGAGGAAGUGGCAAAGGAAUUCUGUGGUGGGAAUCAGAUCUCUGACAACACACUACCUCCAUCCAUCUCCGAUCUUUCAUGCAAGCUACAGACCCUGGAAACGUGUGUGUCCAGUGAAGAAAGUUUAGUCAUUAAUAGGGAACCAGAAACUGAGGAAGGAAUUCAAGACACGGAGUCUAGCCCGUGUGACUUGACACAGGAGAACUCUGAUGAGAGCACGUGUGCUGAAAUAAAGGGGAAUUUAAGCAGUGCGGAUAGUGCUGAAACAAACAAAGAUCAGUUUGAUGUUCAGACAUGUGUAGUGGAAUCCAAAAGUUUCACAAACCUGCAGCCGCCGUGUCUUGAACUACAGAUUUGCAGGACUGAUGGUGAGAAACCGUUUGAUGAGAUUAGUCCAGUGGACUUUGUUGUUGCCGCUCCGACCAGACCAUCCCAUCCUGGCAAUGCCUCUCUAGAGGAUGGCGUAGAUGCAGUAAAUAAAGAGAUAUUGUCUGCUCAGGAUCCCGACUCAAAUUAUGGGAGCAUUUAUGAAAUUGAGCCCUUUGCUCAUGGGGAUGCAUCCUGCUGCUUGAGGCAGGAGGGUUUACUGGAUAUCGAUCCACUUCCCCACACAGCCUCAGGGAGCUGCGUGGAAAAUGUUGUGAAGCAGGAGCCUCCAUCAUGCCUUCAGGGGGACCCUGGAAGGCUGAUGAACUUCACCCCCAACGGGGGGACCCUCUUGGAAAGUCCCGCCGCAGGCCUGUCGCUUGACCUGAAUACGGAUGAGGUGUCGAGGAGGAAUGCAGACGACGCCUCCGACACCAUUAGCUGCUUCAGCGUCUCCACCAGUUCUGACAGAGCGCCGUCCCCGUUUCCCCACGGUGGCCCAGUCACCGUUAAGCAGAAACGGAAAGCUGGACUGAGCGCACUGAAGUUCGUCAGGCAGUACCCCUUUGCCCAACAAGCCAUAUUCAGCCUUCUCAGUGGAAGGACACUGGUUGUCUUGGGUGUGGAUGAAGCGACAGUGAGGAAGCUGGUGAAUGCCUUAACUAUUUUCGUGCCCAACCUUGGAAAAUAUGGUGAGCGGGUGCAACCCUGGCUAACUACUUCUUUCCAGCUUGCAGACCUGCUUAACUGGAAGCUCAUUGGCCUGCAAAGGAUGUCAUCGCCUACGGGUUCCAGCAUGCUCCACUCGCUGAACCGCUACAGUCGCUACAUCAGCGUCCUGGAUGCGGACCACAAGACUCUGCGAUGCCCACCGUACCGCGGGUCCUUGGUAGCCCGCCUGGCCGACCACCGGACUCAGAUCAAGUGCGGGUGCACCUACUACACGCACGUGCAGAGCGUGCUCACAGAGCUGACGUCCAAGGCGUUCCUCUACACCUUCUGCUAUCACCUGCAUCUGCCCAUUAGUCCCACCGAAGACCCGAACACCGUGGCAUUACGCAGAGCCGACUUCCUGCACCACCAUUUUGGCUACGGCAAGGAGGACAGCAGGAUAGUGCAGUUCCUGUCAGAGCUGAUCAAAGACAGUUACCUUCAUGGACCAGACAAGGAGGUGGGCCCACCUGUGUUUUGCUUUAACUACGUUUCCAGCCUGACAUUCAGAAUCUAGGCCCUCCAUGUCAGGAAACGCAGUUGUAAUCUCACUACCCUGUCUGUCCGAUUCCAAAGCAGGGGUCCAGUUCACCACAAUAGCAAUCUCUGUCUUACCUCCAUGUUAACAUAUCUUUAGAAAUGCUUGCAAUCUCAUGGGAUCUCACAGUCAUGGUCUUCGGUCGCUUCUGCUGUUUUUGCAAGCAAUGUCUUGCAAGCGAGAAGCUCCACUUCCAGAAGAGACGUCUGUUGAUUGAGAGGACUGCUUAUUGUCUCGUCUUCAGCGUGGUUUUAGUGGAUUGUUAUUGAGAGGCAUUUAACUCAAAAACUUGGUCAUGCACUUGCUGUCGCAACAAUGUUGAAUGGAGAAAAAAAAACAAUGCAAUACAUUGAUUAAACAUUUUUGUGUGUUGAACUACAUUCCAUUGAUCUUAGGUUGUAAAUAUCACCCUUAAUUGUAAAAUCCCAGCAGUUAUUUAAUUUUGUUUUCAGUGUUUAACAGUGCGUGUAGCUUGAGCUGGCAGUGAAGGAUUGAUGAGCAUUUCCUUCACAUUUGCCUGCAGCUUUCAGCUCCUUCACUUCCUUGCGAAAGCCACGUGUUAAGACAGGAAAUAUUCAUGAAAGGCUUCCGAAUGCAUUUAUUCUGAAUGUCAUUUUUAAAUCCGCAACUACUCCGUCUGUCCACACGAAGUUGUUUUUUUCCUAUCUAAUGUUUUUGCGAUAAUCAGUCUAAUAAAAUGUGAUUCAUCCGAGCAUAUCUGGAACUUACACGAUGAGCAUCUUGCACCGAUCAAUUUUCCAAGUAUAAUAUGCUAGAUGUUGCUAGGUUCUCUAAAUUUACCACUUAGAUGUAUUAUCUCCAACUGUGAAUUAACUGCAUUAUUUUACAUUUUAAGUCAUUCAGACAAGUAUGUCAGGCUUCCAGAAACCAGAAGUACUCAUUCAAAGGUCAGGCAUCAGCCUGUCUGUCACACUGGGAAAUCCAUAAAACUUUUGAUUUGACUGUAUUUAAAGUCAGCAUGUUAAACUGUGUGAAGAGAUUUUUUUAUUGCUCUGCAUGAGCUGUAAACCAAGGUUCUCUGUGUAAAUACUGCAAUAAAAUGAU